UUUUGGGAAAUUUUUGAACAUUUUUUGGUGGAAAGAAAGAAAUGUUAAAAAUGUUUCUUGAUUUUUUUUUAUGUGAAUGUUCUUAAAGAAAAUUUUAGAAGUUUUACUGAUAUAUAUGGAAUCACUUUAGAUAUUUUUAGGAUUUUUACUCAUUUUUUGAAAAUAUUUACAAGAAUUUUCUUGCCAAAUUUGGGGGAUUUCUUUUUAAAUAAAACUUUUAAGGGACCCUUUUAAGGAAUUAUUGGAGUUUUCUUCCUGAAGGUUUUGCAAAUUUUCAGAAAUUUGGUGAAUUUUUUUGCUGAAUGUUUGGAUUUUUUUCAGACAAGAAGCAAUAUUUUUUGGGUGCCCAUAAGUGAAGACAAUAGGAGCGUUAAAUAAGUUUUAUUACAAAUAUUUGACUUCUUCAACAUGAAUCUUUAAUUUCCUGGACAACAUCAGGCAAAUAAAAACAAUAAACAUUAUUAGAACCAAAUAGUUAAAUUAAAAUCCCCCAAAAAAGUAAAUAAAUAAAUUAUAUCAUGGAAACUAAUGAUCCUGUUCCAACAGAAUAAAUUAGCAGGUUAAAACUAGAAAUCAGCAGUGUGUUUUUUUUUUUUUUUUUUUUUCAAUAAUAGUUAAAGUAAUUUAGUUUAAACAGUGUAAAUGAAUGGGAAAAAAUGCUAAAAGAAAGUAAACUCUGUUUUGGUACAGAUAAAUAUUUUGUAUUAGAGAAAUAAAAAAUGUUUGGGCUGAAAAAACUAUUUUGGCCAAAGAAUAAAUAAAAACAAAAUUUUGCUAGGUCAAAAUUAAACUUAUUGUGAAAAUACCAAUAAAUAUUUUUCCAAAAAAUUACUUUGGUUUAAAAAGAAAAUGUCAAUAAACCUAUCUUGACAAAAACUUAAAAAAUAAAUGAAAAAAGUAAGGUAAUCUGUAGAACAUUUUAGGUAAGAAAAGCUUUUGUUUAUAAUAAAUCCUAUUUCUGUAAAAAAAAAACAAGCGUAACCUAUUUUGGUACAAAAAGCUAUUUUGAAAUGAAUAAAAAAGCCUAUUUGGUAAAGCAGAAACUUUUGUUCAAACAGUAUUAUUUUUGAUUAAAAAAAUAUUGAUUUUUAAAUAAUAUUUAUUUACAAUUAGACCCAAAGCGGCUGAAACUUUUACCCGAUUAACAGCUCUGCUCUGUAAUAACCCACAAAACCAGUGGAGACGAUCUACGGCCUCCUAUUGGCUAAUUCCGCCGUCAGUCAAUCCUCUCUGUGCUCCUAUUGGCUGUCUCCUGUUUGUUGCUAUGGCGCGCUUGUUUUGUACUCUUGGACAGUUGUAGUGAGCGGAGAUGCGCUCAGUCUGCUGUUACACAUUAAACUCCGCCCCCACAGCACUGUGACGGUGAUAACACUAAAGAAACCCAGUUCUGUUUACGACUCGGGGUUACGGUUAAAACUAUAGCUGCGGCGGUUUACGGCAGGUCGUGAAGCGGAACUGAGAGGAGACACGUGCAAAAGAACGGCAAGUAAAAUGUCAUUACAACGAGUAGCAGUUAACUGACGGUUAAACUGGUCGGUUUACUGGGUAGUUACUGUUCACUGGGUAGUUACUGGUUUCCGGGUACCAACGGCUCCUCUGUCAUGUGGUUCCGGUUCUGUGGAGAGACUCUGGUUCCGGUUGGAGCAGCUGGACUGGUGUUUUCAUUCUAACUCGGAUUUUCAGCUCCACUGGUCUGUGAUGGAGGAUUCUCCCUCUAUGGACGAUCAUCAGGACUCCUCACUGGUUGUGGGCGUCGGCCUCUGUGACUCCGCCCCUCUGCUGUGGCGGCUGCAGGACCUGAAGACAGCCAGGCGUCUUGGUCUGGUGGGGGCGCUGCUGGGCUCGCUGCCCAGAACUCCCCGACAGAACCAACGUCUGGGCCGACCGCUACUACUGCUGCCGGAGGAGGAGCAGCUGCUGAGAGACGAGGAGGCAGCUGGAGCCCUGCCAGGACCAAACCAGGACGUCGGGGGGGCGGAGCUCCGGCGGCAGUUCGAGGAGGAUCAGCAGAGGAGCUUCGAGGAGCAAAGUGUUCUCGCUCUGGAGGACAGGAAGUCAGCGCUGCGCCGAGCCAUGACAUCAUCACACACAGGUUCAGAGUCCGGAGCUGAGGCUGUGGAUGAGGCCCUCUGCGGCCGCCUGGAGGCCCUAGACCACAGCUUUUCCUUCCCUCAGUCGGCAAUGGCGGUCCAGCUGAGCACGGCGAGGGCGGGGCUUAGUUACUGCCCCGAAGCCCGGGCUCACCUGCAGGCCAGCUGGCCAAUCAGAGAGCAAAAUAACCCCCGCAGUGACGCCAGGUACCAGGUGUUCAGAGACCUGAGGGGGCGGGGCUUCUACCUGACUUCAGCCGGGAAGUUCGGAGGAGACUUCCUAGUUUAUCCGGGUGACCCUCUUCGUUUCCACGCCCACUUCAUCGCCGUCUGUCUGACGCUGGACGAGUCCAUCUGUCUGCUAGACGUCCUCGCUGUGGCUCGGCUCGGAUCCAACGUCAAGAAGACGGUGCUGCUCUGCUCGCCGGUGCCAGACGGAGGUGUUUGUUACACGUCACUGCAGUGGAGCGGGAUGGUCUGACAUCUGGAUGGACGGUCAGACAUCUGGAUGGAUGGUCUGACAUCUGGAUGGAUGGUUUGACAUCUGGAUGGAUGGUUUGACAUCUGGACGGAUGGUUUGACAUCUGGAUGGAUGGUCUGACAUCUGGAUGAAUGGUCUGACAUCUAGACGGAUGGUUUGACAUCUGGACGGAUGGUUUGACAUCUGGACGGAUGGUUUGACAUCUGGAUGGAUGGUCUGACAUCUGGAUGAAUGGUCUGACAUCUAGACGGAUGGUUUGACAUCUGGACGGAUGGUUUGACAUCUGGACGGAUGGUUUGACAUCUGGAUGGAUGGUCUGACAUCUGGAUGGAUGGUCUGACAUCUGGAUGAAUGGUCUGACAUCUGGACAGAUGGUUUAAUAUCUAGAUGUUUGGUGUUGUGUUCAGGGACUCGCAGCAGAUUGUGGACUCCGGAGUCUCUUCAGAGCCCGGAUUUGGCUACUGAACAGCAGAUUUAUUACGACUCUAAGUACAAAGAGCUUCAAGGUGAGACAAUAAACUAAACAAGAUGAUAACUAAAGGACAAGUUUUCAAUAACUUACGUCUGGGAGCUGAAAACACAACAACUUGGACUCAGUAAAAAGGACAAUUCUGAUCAUUUCUUGUUCUUUCCUUGUGGAAUUCGGUGAAGACACGAAAAGAAUGGUUUCAAUGUCUCCAGCAGAGGACAGGAUUUUUAUUUUUGAUCAGUAGAAUCUGAUUUGUGGAACGUUUGACUAGACAAGGUUCCAGUUUUUAGAUUUUUGGGACAAAAUGUUGGUGCGGACUCGUUGGUAGGAAACAGAAACUGGUUUGUAUAGAGGCCUAUAUAUUAUUAUAUGUUGUUCUGAUAAUAAAUUACUUUGGUAGUUGAAGGAAAAGGCAUCCCAUUAAUUGGUCUAAUUCUUAGGCUUUAGAUCUCGAUGGAAUGAUCCAUUGUGAUCUACACAGAUUGCAAGCAGUUUGAUUUUAUGUUUGUUUUUAAUUGACAUGUGUGAUGCAGUUUAUUACAGUUAAAGGAAGGAAGCUCUGGUUUCUGGACACUUUAUUCCUGAAAGCUGCAGCUGAUGAUGGUCAUUGAAAGAUCAAUGAAGUCCUCAGUGAUGAUCCAGAUAAGUGUCGACCCUGAGCAACUGAAGACACUUCGUCAGUCAGAUGCUGAAGAUGAAGAGAUGCUGUUUUCAGUUGUGUCCAUACCAACAGACAGGGGGCGCUGUAGCACCAGAUCCAGGCUCCAGGUGAACCUCAAUAGAAAGGUAAAAUGUUGUUCCAGUCCACCACUGCUCCGGCCCAUUUGGUCCUGAUGGUCAUUUCCAGUGAUGGAAACUUUUUCUCCGGCUCUCCAUCCGAGUGUCUGGACGAUGCCUCCCAGUGGUGAGAGUGAGUAUCUGCAGAGGACAUAAAUUCAAUAAAACACUAAGAAAGUGUCUGCAGACACUUGCCAGUUAGAUGAUCACUCAAGAUUUAUUCCACCUAAAACACUACUUCCUGUCCAAGGAGUUCUAGUUUUUGUAGGGUAAGUCUACCAAACAGUAGACACAAGUUAAGAUUUUACUGGUUUGUUCCACCCAAAAUAAUUUUUUCUGCCCAAAUAGUCAUAGUUUUGAGGGGUUAUUUUACCCAGAGUACUACUUUUUGUCUAUGUAUUUAAUGGUUUCAUGGUUUGUUUCACCCUAGUAGAACUUUCUAGGGAAUGAGUUAAGAUAUUACUACUUUUUCCAAUCCAAAUACUGUUUUUUGUCAAGGUAUGUAUUGUUUUUAGAGGUUUAUUCGAUCCAAAAUAUCACUUUAUGUCCAGGCAGUUAAAGUUAAUUCCACCCUAAUAGUGCUUUACAAUAAAUAAGGAUUUUAAAGGGUUAUUCCACCCAAAAUACUACUUUCUGCCCAAGUAUUUAUAGGUUUCAUGGUUUGUUCCUUCAUAAUAGUACUUUCUGUAGAUUGAGUUAAGAUUCGGCUACUUUUUUACACCCAAAAUACCACCUUCAGUCCAUGUAGUUAUAUUUUUAAAGAUUCAAUCCAUCCAAAGUACUAUUUUCUAUCCAAGCACUAUAGUUUUCAAAGUUUAUUCCACUCAAAAUACUAACUUCUGUCCAAGUACUUAUAGUUGUAAAGGAAUACUUCACCAAACUAGUAUUUUCUGUCCAUUUACUUUGAGUUUUAAAGGUGUUUUCCUCCCAGACAAUACUUCCUGUCCAAGAAGGUAUUGUUUUUAAAGAUUAUUCCACUCAAAAUUGUACUUUAUUUCUGAGUACCUAUAGCUGUAAAGACUUAUUCCACCUUGAUCAUACUUUCUAAUGAACAAAUUAGGGUUGUAAAGGUUUAUUCCACCCAUACUUUAUAUAGUUCUAUUUUUGCUAGUGUCUGUGGAAUAGAACAGCUAUUCACCCUUUGGAGUGAACAGUAUAGUAUUUGUCCCAAAAAGAGUUAUUGAAAAACAAAGAUCCUUUAAAUGUUGUUCUACAGUUGUGGUCCUGGAAAUGCAGCCUCCUCCACUGCAGACAGAUGUUGGAUUAAACUUUAGGUUCUCACCGACGGUCAGCCUGGCGGUUUCUCUCUGGGAGUUCUGGCCGUUGUAGUAAUACAGCUGGAAGAGAUGCUCCAUCCUCCAGUCGGACAGCAGCGAGCGGUUCAGGCUGAACAGAACCGAGUAGCUGCUGUUGAUGCAGCAGAUCCACACUGGAAACCUGGGAGUCUUCAGCAUGCUGCCCACCUGCAGAGACAGGACGAGGUUGAGUCACAUGGUGGCUGGAUGCAGUUGAUUUCUGGAUGUACACAAAUACAUGGACUAUUUUUACUGUCAUGAAACUAUAAAUGAUCAGUCCUCCCAAGCUGAUGAUGUCUUUCAGUUACGAUCCUUCAGGGUCUGAUGCUCGUGGAGACUGUCGAGAGUUAAGACACCAAACCUUCUGGUCUCCAUCACAGUGAAUGAAUUAACAGGAUUUCUUUGAUGAUUAAGGUGCAUCACCAUGGCAGGAAAUCACCAUUUGGGUUCAUAAAACUUUUGAGAAACUGAAACCUAGAGGAACCAGGGUCUAAGUUAAGCUCCUGGAGAGUGGUUUACCCACAAAAAGUCCUUGCCCAGGGGCAUCAGUAAGCUGUUUCCCACUGCAGGAACUCUACCAAAGGUUUAGGAACCUUUGGAGGCAGUGAAACCCAUUGGAACCAGGUGGAUCCACCACUACCCCUAGAAAUUCAUAUUCUCACAAAGGAUCAAGAAACUUUCGCAUAACUUAAAUCUGGAAGAACCAGAGUCUAAAUUCAGCUCCUGGAGACAGUUUUACCCUUAGAAAGAUCAGGAAGCUUUUUCAGGAACUGAAAAUGUUUUACCCACAGAAAUUUCCUGCUCUAGAACAUCAUUAGCAGUUUAUAGGAACUUUCUACAGGUAUUCAGAAAUGUUGGAGUAACUGAAACCAGGAAAAUUUUAGUCUAAAUUCAGCUCCUUGAGACAGUUUUACACUCAUGGAGUUGUAUUUUCUUAAGGAUCAGGAAAGUAUUGAGAAACUGAAACCUGGAGGAAUCAGGGUCUAAACUUGGUAAAAAGAGACGGUUUUACUUCCAAAAGUCCCUGCUCUAGGGCAUCAAAAAGCUGUUUCCACAGCAUCAACUUUCUCUAGGGAUAACAAACCUUUUAAGCUACCUUCACGUCUUGUAGAUAGUUAUCUACAAAAAGUUGUAUUUUCUGAUGAGUCAGAAACCUCUGGAGAACCUGAAGGAAUCAGGGUCCAAACUUCAUUCUUGGAAUUAGUUUUACCUACAGGAAGUUAUAUUUUCUGAAGGAACAUGAACCUUUUGAGGAACUGAACCCUGUUGGAACUAGGAUCUAAAUUAAGUUCCCAGAGAUAGUUUGACACCCAGAAAGUUUCUAGUCUGGAACAUCAUUAAGCAGUUUUUCUAGUGAAGAAACUUGCAGGCUGUUCUACCUCUGUAGGACCGCUUUCCUAUAAUUUCUUAAGGAUUCUGAACAUUCAUGGUGGGGUUUAAGUGUCUCUGAUUGGUCUAGUUUUGUCUAUAUUCUUGACAUUCUUAAUAAAACCUACAGAAGCAAACAGGUUCUUCUGCUUUUGCUUAGAACCAACAACAUCAGGAUGCAGGAGAACCAGAGAUUGAUGGACUAAUGGCUGAAUCUAGACUUUGAUUUUUGCACAGAUUGACAUUCAGAUGGAAUCUUUGGCUCCUAUUUUUGGCUCUUAAGUUAAGGUCCCAUGGCUGCCUAUUUAACUGGAGUGUCUGAUGCUAUUUUCCUGAGUGGAUAACUUGUUAUGUAAACACAAUCACUCUGGAGCUUGUAAUUAAAACAUGAUACAUCCGUGUUGUGUUGCAGUCACAGAGUGAAAUCAGACCCUGGACUAUGAAUUAAUUGUUACACUGUAGCACAAAGGUAAUUCCACCUUAACAGUAGCAGCUGUAGUCAUCAGUAGUAAAAUUACGUUACUACUAUCAGUAGUACUAGUAAAGGUAGUGGUUUGGUUUAGUAGUAGCUGGUAAAGCCUCCUACCUGUGGCAGUCUGCCUCUGUCCAUCUGCUCUCGGCUCCAGUGCAGGAAUCCAACGUCGCUGCGAGACAGGACGCCCUGCAGGGGGUGCUCCAGAGGUCGGCCGUCCUCGUCGAAGUACAGCGUCCCAUUGAAGACGUGAGGAGUUGCUUUGCCGGUCAGCAGCAGGUUCAGCAAUGCCUGCAGAGAUACAGGAGUCCUGCAGCAACUCUCACAAAUACACAACCAGAAUACACUGAAGCCUCAUGGUCAGAGCAUUCUACAGAGUACAGCGUAGAAUAGUCUGACGGGGCCAUUACAGGAACAAGUGUUAAAAAGUGUGAUGCCAACAGACCUUGUUCAUAUUUCUGUAUGACGUGUAUUCACAAGUUCAGAGAAUUUGCCUUACAAACCAAAACCUCACCUAAAUUUGGUCAGCUGCCACCUUUUGUCUCUUUUUGGUCGUUUUUCUUUGUGGUUAUGUUGCAUCUCUUUAUGUUGAUUUUGCUUCUUUGUGGUGGUUUUGUGUCUCUUUGGGGUCAUUUUAUGUUUCUUUCUAGUUGUUUUGGAUCUGUUUGCGGUUUUUUAUGUUUUUUGGGUCAUUUUGUGUCUCUUUUUGGUCAUUUGCAUCUUUUGUGGUCAUUUUCUGUCUCUUUGUGGUUGCUUUGAGUCUUUGUCUUGGUUUUGUCUCCUUGUGGUUGUUUUUGCCUAUGGUCAUUUGGCAUCUCUUUGUGGUUGUUUUGUGUCACUUUUUGUUGAUUUUGUGUCUCUUUGGGGUCAUUUCAUGACUCUUUUUAGUUGUAUUGCAUCUUUUUAUGGUCCUUUUAUUUCACUUUGUAGUCAUUUUGUGUCUCUUUUUGGUCAAAUUAGUCACUUUUUGUGCCUCUGUGAGGUGGUUUUGUGUUACUCUGAAGGUUUUGUGUCACUUUGUAAUCAUUUAGCACCAUUCUGUGGUGCUUUUUGGGUCUCUCUUUGGUCAUUUUUCGUCUCUUUGUGGUUGUUUUGUGUCUCUUUAUCAUCAUUUUCUGUCUCUUUGAGGUUGUCUUGCAGUUCUUCCACUGUUAAACUCCUAUUACUUCUAUGGGUGGUAGCCACAGACCCUCUUUUGAUCACCAUGUGAUGAUCCUCCACAUGAAGGAUGGAUCAUCCAACUGCUGCCUGACACGUGAUGUUUGUGAAAGUUUUGCCCUCCAUGAAGAAAUCACAAACUCAAGUCACAAAAACAUUUGUAACAGAAACCUCUUUCAGAACCUUUUGAUCACAUUGUGUACUACUGUUGAUGCACAGGUAGAAGCACCUCACAGAGUGAGGACAGGACAUCGUCUACAUAUCUGGUGAGAGGACAUGUCCAGGUGAGCUUCUUACCUGAUGACAGACGAAGUUGCCCAGACUGAGGUAGAGCAGGUGAGAUGUGGUCGAGUCCAGAUCCUCCUUCAGCCUGAGACCAAGAGGACAGCAUGUAAUCUGUGGUAUUGGGACUUUUAGCUCACUGUUUAUCACACUGCUGCCAUGAUAACCUGUAACUUCUAACUUGACUCUGGCAGCAGCAGAAACCUGAAUUUAAAGUUCACUGGUCGGCUUUAGCCUUACAGAUGAGUCUCCCCCUGCUGGUUGUUAGAAAGAAUGCAGGUUUCCGAAGGUAACUUGUCUUUUAUAUACAGUCUAUGAUAUAAAGUGUUGCUACAUGCUCAUAUUUUAUGGUGGUUUCAUCCUGUAGGGGGCACUAACGUUAAGGUUUCACACUGCUGUUACCUGUCGACUGUUCGGGAACAGAUGAGGCUGUACAGGAACAGGAUGACGCCGUGACCUUCCUCCUCUGUAAACUACAAGAAAACACAUCAAAGGCUUCUGGAUUCAUUUACCUUCAUAGAAAUUAAAUAUCUGCUCAUAUGUGGACAUGAGGUCUGACUGUCUGUUGAUGUGAUAUUGAUACACAGAACUAAUCGAUCUGACUGAUCAGCAUUGGUUUCCUGGACGUACUUACACACUGGAUGUGAUCGAGGAUGAACUUUCUCACGUCCUCCUUCUUGCUGAACGUGAACAGUUGCAGCUAAAAGAAAUGAUGUAAACAACACGUAUGACGACGUUCGUUCAUCACGCAGACAAAACAACAGUUAAAGUUCACAGAGGACUAAUUGAUACCCUCUCUGUGAAGUUGUCCAUCUUAUAGUCCAGGUGAGGUGUGAUGCAGUAGUCUUCAGUUACCAAGGUAACGGUAGCACUCGCUUCCUGUCCAGCCAACCAGAGGCUGUCAGAUAGCGCCGCCGCUAACGCUUUCUCCUGGUCCCUCUGUCCGACAUCACUCAGACUGGAGGGAGAUGGAGUAAAACAAACACAUCACAGUUUACUAUUCUCAGUAAUGACUGAUUGAUCAGAACCACCAACAUUUUAAAACCACCUUUCAUAACUUAAGUCAUCCCUCCCCUGGUGGUUUCACAGCUUUUAAAGCUUCACAAUUGUUUACCAGGUGGCCAUCUUGAAUCAUCCGCCUCCAGGAAGCUUCACCACCAUCUUGAGUCCUCCCUCUCCUAGCAGUUUUACCAUCAUUUGUACCUUUAGUCAUUCCUCUUUUGGCAGUUUCAGAGCUAUUAACACCUUGAGUCGCACCUUAUGAUGCAAUUUAACCACCAUUCACACCUUUAGUCAUCCCUCCCCUGGCAGUUUCACAAUGUUAACACCUUGAGUUUCAUACCUAUUCCCUAAGUGAUGCCCUUGAGUGAUCCCUCUCCUGGCAGUUUGACGACCAUUUCAUACCGCAACACAUGUAAGUCUUGAGUUAUUUAUUGGGUCUUUAGUCGUGUGAUUUCUUGAUGAUAAUUUACAUCUGAGACUCUCCCAAAUCAGUUAGAACUGAAGAAGCCUCUUAGAUGAAGGUGAAACAUUGUCAACAGCCAAAAGGAAAUCCAGUUGCCUUCCCCUGAAGCUCUGAGGGAUUUCCUCUCAGGUGUCAGCAACGGCAUUGACGAUUAUAUUUCUGCCUCCUGUCUCAUCUCCACCUCACGGUGUCACGUUACAGAUGUGUUUUCCAUCAUCUUCCUGUUCACAGGUGCAGGUAUCAUCUUCAACAUGUCAAACAGAGUGAUGUAAUGACCUCACCUGUGCAGCGUCCGUCUGUCUGAGACACUCGGCCGGAUGAACAGCAGGUGUUUGAUGAUGCGAGCCUGGACAACCAUCUGAAUGGCCCAAGCCCCGCCCUGAAACACACACCUGACCAGGUCUUUCAGGUUUCUGGGGGUCUGGUGAGUCUCAGUCUGCCAUCAGCUGGAUGAAAUCCUUUCCUUUAAUUGUUCCUAUUGAACAAGACACCACAAUUAACAACAACAGGACACCGACCCCCUGCAGAACCACGUGGUCGUGUUCUUCAGGUUCCACUCAGACCCGAUUGUUGGAUUCACUCAACAGGUCUACAGAUAAAUGGACGGUUCGGUGUCACUGUGGGAGACGAGACAAAAGAAAAACCUCCUUCAGUCUGAAUCAGAACCAAAUCCUUUAAACAGGAUUCCAGCGGUGAAUCCACAUUUAAAAGUCGUCUUGUUCACUGGAAACCAAAGAAAAACCAAAGCGCCAUCAGAACCAAUGAAGAACCUCCAACAGCAGCAUUAGACGCUCCAGCCUGAAUGAUUGAUGGACUCACAGGAGAACCGGGACGCUCUGCCUCCCAGGCCGCACUGCUUCACCCUCUGGCCGGAGAACAGCCCGUAGCUCAGCUCGCCCAGGAACUUCUCCAGCUCCGGCUCCGAGGCGUUCACCAGCUCGGCGCCGGUGCGGCACAGCGCGGCCCCGCGGAGCCACAGCGGCAGCCCGGUGGCCACGGCGGCGGUCAGGGCGCAGGAGAAGCCGAGGAGGCCGGACACCGAGAAGAGGAGCUGCUUCUGGCGGCUCGGCAUGAUGGAGGAGGCCGCUGGAACCUCCGAACUCCACCGGCAGAACCGAACCGAACCGAACCGUCCGGAUCGGAGACACCUCCGGAAGUGUUCGGGAGUCUCCGGGUGUCCAUGGCAACAAGAGCAUCAAUUACAGCAGCAGGAGGAGGAGGGAGCAUGGGGGAGGCGUCAUCACUGACCCGUAAACACCAUAAUGACAGGUGGUUGUAAACACACACACACACACACACACACACACAUACGCACGCACGCACGCACACACACACACACACACACACACACACACACACACACACACACACACACACACACACACACACACACAGAAUCCGUGGUCACGUGGCGCCCCCCAGCGGCAGCUUAAAGAACAAAUUAAUGGUCCAGGAUUUAUUUAGAGUUUCACACAUAAACAGAGCUGAAAAGUAAUUAAGUACUUUUAAUCAAGUAAAAGUACUUGAUUACUUUUUAAUCAAGUGCUUUAUGGUACUUGAUUUAGAAAGUAAUCAAGUACUAAAAGAAAUAUUUAAUUAAUUGAUUAAUCACGUUUUUUUUGGCUACUCGAUUCAAAAAGUAAUCAGGUACUAAAAAAAGUACUUGGUUGCUAUUUUAAUCAACGAAUUUUUUCAUACUUGAUUACCUUUUAAUCAAGUAGCAAAAUAAAUACUUGAUUAAUGAAGUACUUUUUAAAUACCUGAUUUAAAAAGUAAUCAAAUACUAAAAAAGUACUUGAUUUCUUGAGAACUUAAUCCAGUGCUUUAACUCAAGUAAAAAAGUUUAGAUCAAGUAAAAUUACUUGAUUACUUUUGAAUCAAGUACCAAAACAGUACUUGAUUAAUGAAAUACUUUUUUAAUACUUGACUUAAAAAAAUCACGUAUGAACAGAAAUAUUUGAUUAAACGAUUAAUCAGAUAUUUUUUUGUUACUCGGUUUGAAAAGUAAUCAGGUACUUAGAAAGUACUUGAUUACUAUUUUAAUCAAGUACUUUUUUAAACACUUGAUUAUAUUUUUAUCAGGUAGCAACGAAAUACUUGAUUAAUGAAGUACUUUAGUAAUAUUUUAAGUCAGUGUUUUAGACACAUUUGUUUUUGUUUUAAGGUUCUGAAUGUGCAUUUCUUUAGUUUUUCUCAGUUGAUAAGACACUAAAUUCCAUUCACUGCACACAUUUCUCAAAAACAGGACUCUGCUGUCUAAAUUUUGGACACUAUUCAUGGUUUGCACACAGUUUCCAAAACUCUUGCACUCUUUUUGCAAAAGACUGAACAUGUUUUUUGCUCAUUUGAACACACUUUUCACUCAUAGCACACAUUUUUCAAACAGUGAACACUAGGAAGCAGAAUUGGGACACUGUUCCAACACUGCUGUCACAAUUAACACACAACAGGUCAGAACUGAAAACACUUUUACCAAUGAAGUGCACACUAUAAAACCUGCUGGGAAGCAGAAUUAGCUGUUCACAAUGGAUGUCAGAGGAGCAAGAGGUCAUGUUGGAAGAAGAGGAUGUGGACGACCCAGACCAUGGCCAGAACCUGGACCAGAACCUGGACCAGAACCUGGACCAGAACCUGGACCUGAACCAGAACCUGGACCAGAACCUGGACCUGAACCAGAACCUGGACCAGAACCUGGACCUGAACCAGAACCUGGACCAGAACCAGAACCUGGACCUGGACCUGGACCUGCCCCUGCACCUGGUCCUGGACCACUUUACAUAGAGUUUUUCAGUUGGAUUCUGAUAAUAUACAUGAAUACAUCUAUGUGGAUGAGGCUGGUUUCAACCUGGCCAAGAGGAGGAGAAGAGGGAGGAACAUCAUUGGACAACAGGCUAUAGUCAACGUCCAGGUCAGCGUGGGGGCAACGUAAACCUCUGUGCUGCAAUAAACAAUCUGGGAGUAACUGACCAUCAUGCAGUUCUGGACCCAUAGAACACCCAGCAUUUGUUGACUUUCCUAGAUGGACUUAGAGGGACGACUGACAUGGAUGUAGCAGGACGUUUAGCAAGAGGACACAGUUUUUGUUGUUGUCUGGGACAAUGUUAGUUUUCAUAGAGGACUAUUGAUUCAGGAAUGAUUCAAUAUGAACCUCAAGUUAUUGUGGUUUUUCUGCCACCAUAUUGUCCCUUUCUGAAUCCUAUAGAAGAAUUCUUCUCUACAUGGAGGUAGAAGGUAUAUGAGCAGCAGCCAUACAUUCAGGAAAAUCUCUAUCAAUCAGUGGUCUUGGCAUGUGGUGAUGUUUCUGUUGAUGCAUGUCAGGCUGGAUCAGACACACUAGAUCUUUGUGUCCAGAGAAAACAUAGCUAGUGAUGUUGAUGAGGUCCUGAGGUCUGACCAGGCUGAAAGAAUUGAUGCAGACGUGGUGUAAAUAUCUGCAGACUGUACUGUGUACAAUACAGUGCUGUAGUUUUUAUUUAACAUUAUUUUAUUUUAUAAUCUACAGUCAGGCACUGCAAUGGCCUCUGAGUCAUUCAUAGGAUGCAUUUGUGUUUAAGUUGUCAUUUUUGAGGACUGUAUCAUUUUUUUAUACUUUAUGUGAAAACACAGUGAGAGAAGAGUGUUUUGUAUUUAGCAGUGCAGUGUCCUACUUUUGCUUCGUGUCUUAAUUUUGAAAACAAAGUUCAGGUUUUGACAAUAAAGUGCGCUUUGGACACAA